GGUUUUUGGCGAUUGGAGCGCGCACGGAGAGAUCCAGCGCCAGGAAGCUAGCGAUGGAGGAUCUCCCGGAGGAGCUGAGGACUCCUCCCGUUGCGCUCGCCGCGCUGGUGGGAAUGCCCGAGCUUCAUCCACAGAUUUCGAUGUCGCUCCACACGGAGCAGCCGCCGAUCAACACCCUGGCGCUUCCGGAUUUCUCCAAGGUGGCUGUGAUUGGAGGCAAGGAGGGAGCUCCGCUCGAGGCUAGGAUUCCAGCUCCAGCAGGGGUCCUCAAGGCCGAUUGGAUGCACAAGCAUCGAACCAAAGUUCCUGCCGUGUUGGCUGUGCUCUUCGAUCGAGAGCAAGUUAACGGGGAUCCAGCGCAAUGGAUGGAAGUUUGUAGCCAUCUAGACAAUGUCAGGAAUGUGAUUCGCGGAAGGAACACGAAGUUGGUUGUGGCGAUCGUCCAGCCAACUCUUCACGGUGAAAUCAACGAUGAUCGAACGGCUGCUCUUCGAAAACGUGCAGAGCUUGACAACAAGUGUUGUAUGACGUUCAUAUCUCACGAUCCGACUGAAUUGAAACGAUCUCUCGCGAGGCUAGGGAGUAUUCUGGGGGAGCUUGCAAAUCUUUAUUACAAAGAACAGUCGCGCCGUGUGAAAGCUCGUCUUGACAAAAAGAACUGGACUGCGACCGAGAUUGCUGUUCGUUUCAAUUUUAAGAUGGGUUACUACGCGGAGUUUCGCAGAGAUUGGGUGACUGCCCUCAGGUUUUAUGAAACGGCGUACACUCUUCUGCUGGAGACGUUGCAGAUAGCUGCUUCGUAUAUGGCUGGACGAAGACGAACCUUUGAGAGAGCGUUUGCAACUUUCGAGUCGUUUGAUAAUCCAGAUGCAGUGGACGUUCUAGCUGGUCCUCCAGAAGAAGUUGGUCCGCCCCUCUACGUCGGACAAGGUCCUCGUGUUCUAAGCAGAAUGUCAGAAGAACAGAGUGCUACACCCGACGAAUACAUGAGACAUGCGAUGCUGACGGAAAGACAAUUUCCUCAUUCGCGAGCUGCAAUAAAUUUGUUGACUAAGGCUCACGAACAGUACAAAGCCACGCAAGCGACCCGGAUGAUUUACUAUCUUGGAACGCAAAUGGGCCGCGAAUACUUUCAUGCGGGCGAACAUGAGAAUGCAAAACGGCUAUUCGACACCGUCGCCGAAAUGUACAGAAAGGAGGCAUGGGUUGAGCUUCUCGCCGCGAGCCUGGAAUAUCUGCGUGAAACGGCUAAACAUCUCGGACUCUCUAAAGAGUUUCUGGAGUACAGUUUAGAGCUGGCGGCAUUGCCGGAGGAAAGCUGGUCAGAGGUGGCGAGAAGAAGUACUGCACUGACAGACGUCAUUGCGGCUAUUACAGGGACUGAUGCACUGCCAGAUGGUGAAGCUCCAAUUGCUUUGGAGAUCGACCUCGUCAGUCCUCUCAGGGGAGUUUUAUCAGUUUGCGUUGCCUUCCACGAGCAGGCGGUGAAACCGGGUAUGUCAACACGCUUGACAGUUUCCCUGCUCACUCAUUUACCGCAUCCGUUGGAACUUGAUGACUUGGAGAUACACUUCAACCAGAAUGCUUGUAACCUUGCUCUCAAGCAUUCUCUGGACCAGGGCCACGAUCUGAAACUUAUGCCGCAUCAGUGGAAACGACUGGAAGUUGAUAUAAUUGCAGUAAAAAGCGGGAAACUAGAGUGUCUGUUCGCUGUUGCACGACUAGGACGCAACACCACCGUUCGCUGUCAAGUGGAGAGCCCGGCUUCUAGAGAACCUGAUCCGUUUUGGCAGUUUGAGCCAGCGCUCGAGAGUUACCCCGUGAAGGAUAAGAACUUGGCUUUUCUAGGACAGAAGGUUGUACAGGUGGAAGAGGUGGAACCCAAGGUUGAUAUAGAAAUCGACUCAGGAGGCACAGGCUUACUCGGGGAAACGGUUUUAGUUAGAAUACACAUCAGGUCCAGGGGGCAUGCUAUCGACGCCGGAGAAUUGCAAGUGUCCGUGACUGAGGUCGCUUCCAACGAUGCCUUUUCGCCGAAAACACCUUCCACAGGCUCCUCUGCUGCGUGUGCUAAGAUAUUCGUACCAGCUCGAUUGAAAGAUGGAAGUGGUGAGACGCUUCUAUGGGAGUUUCAGGGGUCCAUGAAGAUACCUUACGUCGAAGCAGAUGGAAGCUGGUCGACCUCCACGUACUUACGGUUUACAGAAGCGAAACCAGUCUCCUUUUUUGUUACAUUGGGAUACCAGAUACAGUUUGGAACCAACGACGACACUCAUAAGCUGUGGAGUCAUAAACACGUCGACUUACAAUGCGAGGAGGCUCUGAGAAUCAACUGUAGGUACAUGGUUCCGUUUCAGAGAGACGCGUUUCUUCCAGGCAGCGUCGAGAGAUCUGCUGGAACCGUCCUACCUUUUGAUGAAAGCAGCACAAUGGUCCUCACCGCAAGAAACAUCUGCUCCGUGCCACUUCUCAUCUCUCCAGUCCAGGUCGAGGAGAAGAAUGCCAGAACGUGUCAAGUAAGACGAAUGGAAGGGAGCCGUCUCAGGAACAGCGCUAUCAGUCAGUCAAGCGAGGGUACCAAGCUCUUACCCGGCGAGGUCUUCAAUCAGAUUUUAUCUAUACGACCUCUGGCUGUAUCAUCAUCUCUCGACAUUGGCACCGUGGCUCUGAGGUGGGAAAGAGAACAGCAGCGACAGGAACCCGAGGUGGUGGAGGUUUCCGGCAUAGACGAGAUUAUGGCUUCACCUUCGAGCACAGAUGCUACGGGCAUUCUCCAGAGCUCUGUGACCACACGGUUAGCACUGCCGGUCAUCGCCGUCGAGAAGGCUCCCGUAGUAGUGUCGCUGCAGUAUCCACCGUAUGGCCUCCUCGGCACUCCUUUCACGCUGUCGUUUCGCAUCCAGAACCGG